CAAGCUCCAGAGUCGAAAAUUUUGAAAAAACCGCCAAAGUGCGAAGACGAAGCGCGUAAGCUCGGGAGAUUUUGGCGGCUUAAUUUCAAACGCCGAAGCUUCAAAACGAAGCUUCAUCUUCCCCAACAUAUUCAAAGGCAAACAAACAUUCGCCAAAACUCUCCGUCAUCGUCUUCUUCUAGAUCUGCUGCUGCGUUCAACCAAUCUCUCUGAUCAAAGCAAACAGCAAAGGAAAAUGGAGACUCCUCCGCCCCACCUCGAGAAGAUGGGCAGAGAACUCAAGUGCCCCAUUUGUUUGAGUCUACUGAGUUCUGCGGUUUCACUCAAUUGCAAUCAUCUCUUCUGCAAGUAACCUCCUCCUUCAUUGCUACCUGAAUCUCUUGCAUUGUGAAGUCGAUGAAAUCGGGUUCCAAUUGUCCUGUUUGUAAAAUCCCAUAUCGGCGUAGAGAGGUUCGCCCGGCUCCUCACAUGGAUAAUUUGGUUAGUAUUUACAAGAGCAUGGAAGAUGAUUUGGGAAUUAAUAUAUUUGUCACUCAGAAUGCACCCCCAACUAAAUCAUCAGAAGGAAAACAUCACGCUGAAGAUGAUUUUAGCCACGGCGAGCAAGAUCUUCCUGAGUUUCAGGAUAGAGCUCAGAAACAGAAAACCUUAAGAGGAAAAAGAUCCAGGAAAAAUAAGGCCAGCCUGGAAAGUUCUGGUUCUAUUUCAAUUAAACCUUCAUUUCCAAACAAGAAAAGGGUCCAGGUUCCACAGUCUCCUCUUUCAGAAACCCCAACCUGCCAUGAAAAGCUAGAAGGUGAUUUAAUGGCUGAUCGAGCGAAGCAGAGUUCAAAAACACUGAAGGAGAAGCCUGUUCUAAAUGAGAAGGGAGAACUGGUUCUGUCACCUUUCUUUUGGUUGAAUGACAAAGAUGUAGAAAAUUUGAGUCAGCAUUCUUCCGGUGAUCAACUUAGUGAUCUUCCAUCUCCAAAUGUUCCCACAUUCAGUGAUAUCAAAGACUCUGAUGAUGAAAAUUCUGUUAGGUCCCCACUGGGAGAAGUGCACGGCACAUCUUCUAAUGCUGCAGAUCUAUAUGAUAGUGAGAUGUUUGAAUGGACACAAAGAGCUUGCUCUCCUGAACUCUUCCCAAGUCCUUCUGAGAUGCAGCUUGCAGACGAUGAACUUGAUAGAGUUCAAGGGAAGGAACCAAAAGAAGUCUCACAAAACAAGAAAUCAGAUGAACUUUAUGCUAAAAGUGCAAGGUCUAAAAGAAACAAAAAAAGUAGUGGAAAUAUGGAUUUUCUGCCAGAGCUUCCCACUGCUGGAACUAAAGAUGUUAGUCAUGAAGUUGUUAGUAAUGAAUCUGACAAGCGAGGUAGGAAGGCAAGGAAUCUCACGAAAAGAAAAUGUGCUACAAGCCAUACAGAUCCAGGAACAGAUAUUAAUGUCACUUCAAAGGGAUCUGAGGUAUUUUAUGAAGAACCAGCAUGUGAGAAUAACGGUGGUUCUUUAGCUAAGACUCACAAAAGGAGUAAGAAGGAACAUUCAUCUGUUGUAGCCAAGCCCACAUCUGAAAAUGUUCAUGUCCUCUCUACCAGAGCUGAUAGUCGAAUUAAUGGUGAUGAAAAUAGGGUAACUGAAUCACCUACUUCAAUAGGAAAAAAUGCUGGCAGUGAUGAACCGUCCAGUAAGAAGGCUGGAAAUAUCUAUAAGGAGGUCAGUGACAAGAACAAGAUUGACCGGCCAGUAAGGUUAAAAAUACAAAAGAUGGUCUCCAUGAAAAAGACAAUGCUUGAGGAUGUAUCAGAAAUACAGAAGCAAGCAAAUAAGGUUACUCCUACUGAGUUGUCUCCUACAAAUCUUCCCACAGAUGAUAACCAGAAAGCCUCUGAAUCCAGAAAUAAAUCCAGAAAACUUGCUAGAAAAGCCAAGUCAGGUGAUCAAGAACUGAAAAGUAAGAAAAAGCUGAAAGCUUCUUCUGAUGGCAACUCAAAGGACGAUACUUCUGUUGAGAUUGGAGAAGGUCAUGGGAAUGUUAACGAAAAUGGAAAUGAAACAGCUGAGAAGAGCAAGGACAAUCGUGAUGUUAUAACUGAUCAAUCACCAGUGCAGAAGCUUCUUUCAUUUACCAAUGUGGUUUUGAAGAGAUGUGAGGCUGUUCCUAGUAAAAUCCAGUGUGCUUUCUGUCUUUCAUCAGAAGAAGCAGAGGCUUCUGGAGAGAUAGUCCACUAUUGUAAUGGCAAGCCUGUUGCUGCGGAUCAUGAUGGAGGACUCAAGGUUAUACAUGUACACAGGACCUGCACUGAAUGGGCUCCUAAUGUCUAUUUUGAAGAUGAUAUUGCUAUUAAUCUUGAAGCUGAAUUAACUAGGAGUUGUAAAAUUAAAUGUUCUUGCUGCGCAAUCAAAGGAGCUGCUCUUGGGUGCUGCGAGAAGAGUUGUCGUAGGAGCUUUCAUGUUACCUGUGCAAAGCUGAUGCCUCAAUGUCGCUGGGAUACUGAUAAAUUUGUUAUGUUAUGCCCCAUUCAUGCCUCCUCCAAGUUGCCAAAUGAAAGCCCUGGAUCUCAAGCAACGAGGAAAAAGAGCAAUCCUAGAAAACAACCUAAUAUUGAACGUCCUAAAGUUGCUGCUAAACAAGACAGCAAUAUCCCCCCAGAUCAGAAGUUUUGUGGAUCAUCCAAGAAAUUGAUUCUUUGUUGUUCAUCUCUCACAAAUGCAGAGAGGGAGUCUGUCUCUGGAUUUGAAAGUUUAUCUGGACUUACGGUUUUGAAGAAUUGGGAUUCUAGUGUUACACAUAUUAUUGCAUCGACAGAUGAAAAUGGAGCAUGCAGAAGAACCCUCAAAGUUUUGAUGGGUAUCUUGGAGGGGAAGUGGAUUCUGAGUGUGGAGUGGAUUAAUGCUUGCACAGAAGCAAUGAAACUAGUUGAUGAGGAGCCUUAUGAAAUCAACGUUGACAUUUAUGGAAUCAGGGAUGGUCCUCGACUUGGUAGACUAAGGCUGAAGAACAAGCAACCAAAGCUUUUUGAGGGGUUCAAGUUUUACUUCAUGGGAAACUUCAUACCUUCAUACAAGGGGUAUUUACAAGACCUUGUAAUAGUUGCUGGAGGAACGAUUUUGCAAAGAAAACCUGUUCCAGAGGGCCCGAGAGCCUUGUCAGUCGGUUCCCCCAAAUGUCAAACCUUCAUAAUUUACAGCCUCGAGCUACCUGACCAAUAUCACUGCAGCAAGAAGAGUACAAUUUUCAACACUAGGCAGGCUGAUGCGAAGGCUUUGGCCACCUCCGCUGGAGCCAAGGUAGCAAGCAACUCAUGGGUAUUGAACUCCAUUGCUGCCUGCAAGUUACAAAAUCUCUCUGAUUCCAAAUAGUAUACAUACUGCAGAAGUCGUGUAUAUGUUUAUAACUUCUCCAGAUCCAGUUUCUUAUUUCAAAACCGUAAACAUAAAUGAUUACGUAAUUCUUCGUUGCUUCCAAUCAAUUGUGGUUUUUAUUCC